AUGUUUGGUGCCUUUGCAAAACCAGCACUGAGCUCCUUCAGCUUUGGUUCUCUGCAGCCCUCCUCGGGCUUUGGUGCAUCCAACAACACAAACUCCGGAGGCCUUUUUGGUCAACAACAGAAACCUCAAGGUGGUGGCCUUUUCGGCUCAGGAACACAGAACCCCACCUCCGGAGGACUUUUUGGUGGUCAGAGUAACACCGCUAACACGGGUUCCUCGGGUUUUGGCUCGUCAAAUACAAGCGCAGGUGGUCUUUUCGGACAGAGUAAUCAAAGCAACAACAACACAUCAUCAGGAGGUCUUUUUGGCCAAAAACCUGCAACCGGACAAGGAUUUGGCUCGGGAACUUCGAGUGGUGGUCUUUUCGGCCAGAAACCCGCUACCACGGGCACCACAGGAGGUGGUCUUUUUGGCAGUUCUGGUCAGCAAGGACAGCAAAAUCAACAGACACAGCAGAGUGGAGGACUUUUUGGCAGUUCUGGUCAGCAAGGACAGCAAAAUCAACAGACACAGCAGAGUGGAGGACUUUUUGGCUCCAGCAAUACUGCUAACAACCAGAGCUCCGGCGGCUUGUUUGGCCUGAAGCCUGCUGCCCCAUCCGGCGGUCUUUUCGGAUCAAGCAACCAAUCCACCACCGCACAAAAACCACUUUUCGGUGGAUCUAACACUACUACAGGUGGUGGUCUCUUUGGUGGAUCUUCUAAUACCGGCACCAAUCAGACCUCUGGAGGUGGCCUCUUCGGUGGCUCCAGCAACACGGGCGGUACCACUGGUGGCCUUUUUGGGGCUCUUCCAAUACAAACACUGCAGCAACAACAACAGCAAAAUCAGCAGCAGCAAAACCAGCAAGCCACGCAAUUAACCGCCAUGACUAGAUUCGGCGAUCUCCCACCAGAAAUCAAGAAAGAGCUACAAGAGUUCGAUCAGUACAUCAGCACCCAGCAUCUCAUAGCUACGACGCUUAAUAACGACCUCCCCAAACACAACCAGCUCGUCAAGUCGAUCGACUCGGACGUGAGCUACUUGCAUAACAAAAUCUCCACCAUCAAGCAAGCUUUGAAGGGUGACAGCAACCAGUUGAAGGCCUUGAAAGCGGUCAAUGACGAGCUUACAGAAGAUAUUGGCAACAUCAUGCAGCUAAUAAUCCAGCUCUCGACGCCCGGUACGAAAUUGUCGUCAUCAUUUCAAUUGAACGAAUUCUUUGUCAAGAAGAUCAAACACUACAAGGAUGUCAUGACUAGCUACGAAAAUGUGAUAAAGGAGGGAGAAGACGCCAUCAGUGGCUUGCAGCACUCGUGCAAUGACACCAUGGGUAGCAUUUAUGAUGUGGUGGAGGUGGUGAAGAGCCAGUAUAAUGUGUUCAUGGAGCUUUGUGAGACGCUUGCGCAGGUGCACAACGAAGUUUCCCACUUAAAGCGCUAG